AAGUAGUAAAAACAAGAAAUCUUCUCGAAAGGAGAGUCAUUAACACGCCUCUUGCUGCUCGAUUCUCAUAGGCUAAGGACAGAACGGCGCUCGAAAUGGAGUAUAUCUUUGAAUCAUCAUACAAAGCAAAAGUCUCAGACGUGCCGAAUGAGCUUAUUUUUGACUAUGUUUACAAGAGGCUGUGUGCGGCGGGGAUGGAAAAAUCCACCAAGCCAUGGGUGAUUGACGCGAGCACAGGAGUUGAAGUGAAAUUUUGCGACAUCGAGCCGCAGUCCAGGAAAAUAGCCAGCGCUCUGACCCGUCUCGGUUUCACCAAGGGCGACAAAUUGCAUUUCGGGACCUUUGAAACAGCCCAGCUUUAUCUGGUGCAACUUGCUGUCUGGCGACUCGGUGGAACAGUCAGAGGUUGUUUCCAAAAUGAGUCCACAGAUGAAUUUGUUAGGCAAAUUAGUGAAACUAAAGCAAGAUUCAUUCUGGGCGACGAUGAAACUUUGCCAACCUUCAAAAAGGUGAUUCCAAAAUUGGACUGGCCAGCACAGCUGAUAGUUUUCAGCAAACAAGACAUUGACGACGCUGUCAGCGUGGACAAAUUACUACAGGACGAUGGCUCAGCAUUCCCGGAAAAUGUCAAUCUAGACCCAGACGACAGUAUCUUAAUUGUAAACACUAGUGGCAGUACAGGUUUACCUAAGGGAGUUGUUCACACGCACAAAUCAGUCAUCGCUUGUCUAUUCAUCAAAAAAACUGUCAACUUCUUUGAAAACGCGGUGAUGACACCCAUGAGCAACUACGCACACGCCGUUUACAUCGCCACGCUGGGGUCGAUAGCAAAUGCUUCCCAGGUCAUCCACCUUGGGAAAUUUGAGAGGGAAAACUACUUUGAUAAUUUAAUGAAAUACAAGCCCGCUAGCGUGGUCAUGUACCCUUUUGUAGCAACCUGGUUUGCCCGACAUGAAAAACUGGACACCCUUGACCUGAGUUUCCUGAAGACCAUUAUGGGUGGUGGAGCCAUCAUUGACCCGACAACAAUUGAAAUUCUCGCCAAAAAGCUGCCAGGCGUCAGGUUGAAACAAAUGUAUGGCAUGUCAGAGGCAAGCUUUGUGGCAAACACAGAAGACGUUCCAAAUAUUAUUAUUGCACAGAACGAAGGGGAGCAGUGGGUAUCAACUGGUAAACUGACCCCAGGAGUCAGGGCAAAAAUUGUCGACAUAAACACUGGCGAGAGCCUUGGCCCUGGCAAGAAGGGCGAAAUAAAAAUACAAUCCAUCAUGCUCAUGAAAGGCUACCUCUCCAAGGACUCGCCUACUCCGAUCAGGCCUAACAUCGACAAGGAUGGCUGGUUGAGCACCGGGGAUGCAGGAUUUUUUGAUGAGGACGGACACAUUUUUAUCACCGAGAGGCUCAGCUUUGUUUUCAAAUACUUGAUGUACUUUGUUUCACCUUCGGAGAUAGAGUCGGUAUUGCAAAAGCAUGAGAGGGUGUUUGAAGUAGGGGUGGUCGGAGUUCCACACCCUGAGAGCACCUGCCUGGCCAGGGCAUUUGUCGUCCGCAAAGGAGACGUUACUGAGAAGGAAUUGUGCGACUUAGUGGCCAGCAGGUUGCCAACCUACAAGCAUUUGCACGGUGGUGUCCGGUUUGUGGAUUCGCUGCCCGUAAGCAAGGGAGGGAAGUUGGACAGGGCUGCGUUGAAGCAGAUCGCCAUCGACAUGAAUUAAAUGUUCGAAAUCUUGAUAAAAAAGGGGGUAGCAAAAAAUUCUUAUUUACGUUUGUUGCUUUACAAUAAUUAUGUCAUAAGUUUUACUUGCAUGUUGCAUGUUUUAUUUUUAAUGUUUGAUUAGUGGCAAUAAACUUAUUUAA